AUGGAGGAGGCGGAGGCCGGACCGAGGCGGCACCGCCGCCGGUCGGGCGGCCACAGCAGCUCGGAGCGAUCCCCCAGCCCCGACCGGCUGGACGUCAGCUCGCAGCGUUUCGACCCGCUGCUAGCCCUGUACUCGGAGCGCACGCCGCUGCCCUAUCCGGCCGCGCCCUGCUUCAACAACCUGGCUGAGUACGAGAGCUUCCAGCGCGGCCUGUUCCGCGGUCCUGGCCGCCAGCAACGGGCGGCGGCCCGCAGCAGCCGCCCCUCCGGGGCGCGUCCCCGGAGCCGAGCCGGCCGGGCCCCUGCCGACCCUGAGCGCCUCGAGCGCCUCCGCAGCCUCAUGGUGGCCAAGGAGCCCGAGCGGGAGGCAUCCGAGAAGGCCCGAGGGCGGGGCAGGAGGGCGCCGCGCAACGUCCUUACCAGGAUGCCCCUCCAUGAAGGCAGUCCACUUGGGGAACUUCACCGCUGUGUCCGAGAUGGUGUUAAAGUCAAUGUCCAUAUCCGAACUUUCAAAGGGCUUCGUGGUGUCUGCACUGGCUUCUUGGUUGCAUUUGACAAGUUCUGGAAUAUGGCUCUGACAGAUGUGGACGAGACAUACCGAAAACCUGUUUUGGGCAGAGCAUUCUACGUUGAGCCACAGUUGACUCUCACCAGAUUGUUUGACAGACUUAAGCUGCAGGAAUCUGCUGUUAAAAAAGGAACUGAGUCAAAGAUAGCAGCAGAACUCCCAAGCCUUCCGUGUGACCCUAGGACACUUGGGCGAAAGGCUGGAUCAGGUCGGGGAAGAUCAGAAGAACAACGUGAAGCAAGGAAACAUUCAAGCAGAGAGCGGGCACGGAGCUCUAGCUUGCCUCGAGCGCGUGGGAAGGAUGUUGAUCUGCCGAACAGAACCUUGCAUACAGAGGGGACUAGUGCAAGUAGCACAAGAGGCCGGUCACGAAAAAAGCGGAGACCCAGGGUGGAUUACCAGCAAGUUUUCACACGGCACAUAAACCAAAUUUUUAUUCGAGGGGAGAAUGUCUUACUUGUUCACCUAGCGCAUUGAGUCAACCGAGCCUGCUUAACCAAUAGCAUGAAUUGCUGCAAUAGCUGUGUGCUAAUGAGCAGUGUUGUGAGACAGAGGUUAUAAGUGACAUUUCUCUAUGUUUGUUGAGAAGCUUUUCUUUUUUACCGAAAGUAGGAAACAGUAAUCUUGAGCAGGAGCACCUUGAACCAGUUGCUUGCUUGUUCAGAUUAGAAUGUGAACAAGGUUCUUCAAAGAGAUUGAUAUCCCAGACCCUGAAGGUCUCAUGGACCUUUCAAAAUCAUGAUGCCAGAUAUGGGACAAGUAUUCAUAUUUUUAACUAUGUGUAACAUGAAACUAGUGACAGAUGCCAAGUAUUCUCUUGUUGCUAAGCAGCUACGAGAAACAAGCCAGUGACUUUGGUGCUUCAUUGAUAGAAUGGUAGGAAUCUAAAAUUACAGGAAAGCAUGCUUUGAAAAAUAAAGGAAUUAAAGAGCUUGUGAAAAGGAGGAACGGUUUUAGGUUUUAGCUUAUUUGCACCCAAUCUCCCCUAUCCGUCUUAAUAGCUUGCAUGGCUGGCCCCAAAGAGGUACUCCAGUCUUGAGCUACAGCACCCUCUGCUGUCUAAACUGGUCCCUGGAGCAAAAUGAAUGGAAACAGACGUGAGUUGUCAUUGCAUGGCAACAUUCAGUAGAAGAAGCCUCAUUUCAUCUUUUUGCUUGUGUGUGAGCAAAAAAAGUAGUUUUGCCUUUUCUUCAGUACUAUAAUGCUUGUGCUCUUAACCCAUCUUUCCCUGCUUUCUUCCUCUAUAACACCAGCAAACAAUGAAUGCAGCUAAUGAUGUGAGUUUUGCUACCCAGAGCUUGCCUCAGCGUGUUAUAAAUGGGUUGAAACAAUCCAAUCUUUUAAAGUUCUCUUCCCGUCUCUUUGUGUGGCAGAAUAAUGAAGUCUACGUUGAUGUGCAUAUGUUGCUAGAACUGUUUACAAGAACAGGUGGCGUUUAUGCUGGGCACAGUUGUACAGUGCUUUGAGAUGCUCAUUUCUCAGCAUCUAAUGGGAGUCACAAAUAGGGCUACAUUUGAUAUUGAGAAGACUGUUCCUGGUGAUUUCUAAGUUAUAAAUGACAUUUCUCUAAUGCUAGUCGGGUUCUUCCUGAGAAGCAUGUUUAAGGCUACUGCAAGGCAUGAAUAGUGAUUAUUUAGAAAAAUCAGUGCUAUUAAUUAUUCUUCAUUAUUGGGUAAUCAGAAGAACUGUGCAAGAUGUAACAAUGCUUAUGUAUAAACUCUCUGCCAAGAAAGAGUACAUGGUGCUAUUUAAGGUUGGCAUAUAUUUACAUUGUGUAUAUAUGUAUGUGUGAUAUUCUGGUAGCUAGACUUUCGCCGAGUGUAUUGUAAUGCAAAGAAUGUUCACUAAUAGCAAAGAGCAGUUUCCACAUCUUUGUAGUAUGUAGCUAAUAUAAACACAGUUUUUUUCAUUGUGCAUUUCUGGAAUAACCUAGCAGUCUUUUUAGUGGUGGAGAUUUUCCCCAGGCACAAGGUAAAUUAGGCAACUUUUAUUGUUCAAGGAGUCUUGGAAUUAGUCAUCUGUCUGAAUCCAGCUCAAGGUGUUAGAGAUUGAAAAGAUGGGGAAUAGCUAGGCAAGGAAGUGGAACUAAGCUGAUAGAGAAAAACAAAUCAAUGCAUACAUUCAUAAAUUUUGUGUGGCAUCUUGGUCUGACUUGUAGCCUCCCCAGUGAUACUCCAAUCCAGACAUCUUUCUUGGGCUGUCUCUGUCUUCUUCUGUUUAUAAAAACAGCAUUCUGAUUUUUAAAAAGUCUUCAUCAGCAGCUCAUUUUCCUCUUUGCUUCUGAAAAAAGUGUUUGGACGUAGUGGCUUAUUUCCUGAGCAGCCUAUCUCUGCCCUUUCCAGUUUUCAAAGGUGCAGUUACUUUGCUUUGACAGUCAUUGCUUGGAUUUCAUGUCUGUUCUGGGAUCUCUUGACUUCUCAGCUGUAGCAGUUGCUUCAACUGCACUUCCAUUCAAAGUAGCUGUGUUUGACUCUACACUCCAGAGAGUUUCCUUUCACUUAAAAUGUUAACCCUUUAUUUUGGGGAGAAUAGAUCCCGUGUUCCUGUUCUUAAUGAUCUCUUCCAUUUUUCUGCAGUGUGAGUCACAAGUAAUAAUAUAGUGGACCUUCUGUAUUCUUUGUAUGAUUUUCCUUCAGGUCUAGUCUCCAGAUCUUCAUGAGUGAAGGUCAAACACUGUAUUUGACAAAGAGAAAAUAAAAUACUUUCCUUCAUAUACUCGUCUUGCUUUUUCCAUCUGGAAGCUGAAGAUACUUUUCAGUUUGAUUCUUUGUACUAGUUCACUUUAUGAGUCUUUGCAGAGCAUGCAGUGUGAGUCCAGUAUGACUCACUAUGUUGUUAUGUAUUUACAACAAAUAUUUGUGUUCUGUAAUAUACCAUCUCAUUUAACAUGCUUUGCUAUCGCUAUUGUCUUCCAAAAACUUUUCAUGCAUCCUGGUCCAGCAUUUAUUUGGGUGCAAGAAUUUGUGAAGGCACUGGGUUCCUCUUCCUUUCUAUGGAGGAAUGUGAGCAACCUACAUAAAGGAAGAUACAUAUAGAUGGGGAAGUCUGUGGGUUGGUUCACUCUGCUGGUAUUGGCAUAUUCCUCAUGCACAAGAAGUCACCUUCUGUCAGUGGUAGAUGCUGUUCUGUUGGCUGUGGAAGCUCUUGCACUAGUGGAAUACUCCUUGUACUGGAGAAACAAGCUGUCAUUCAUUGCUGAGUAGAGUACUAGGUUUCAACCCUUUGUGUGAAUCGUAGCCCUUGUGGGGCUCUGGAUUUGUCUCAUUUGUCUUUUGCUCAAGAACUAAACAAUGCCUUAAAACUGUUGGCCCUUUUGUAUUAAACUGUAUUUUUACCACAUUCAUACAGUUCUUUGGGAUUUUCUUUGUUAAUAAAUGGUUGAUCUGAUCUUUCCCUGAUCACCACAACAUUUUUGUUUGGUUUCUUCUGUUCUUGAAUUUAAAUAUCAUUAUUAUGCCUGUUCUAUAAUUAAUCCUGCAUAUUCUACAUACUGUCUUCAUUCAGGAGAUUUUGUUGUCUUCAACUCUUGGUAACAUUAUAUAUUGACUGGUAUGUCUUCUAUUGUUAAUUGAGACCAAUAGCUCAAAGGUGCUAAGCUCAAUUUCCAGUAUAUUAUUUUUGAAUGCUAACAUUCAUGUAUAAGAAAUAAGUAUUUGUUUUACUAUUUCUUCUUCCCCCUUCCACUCUCCCCACCACUCAUCUACUCAGGAUACUUUUGCACAAAAUCAAGACUUUCCUUAUGUCACUUCUGAUUUGUCUUGGGCUAGGGUGGGGUGGAAACCCAACACACACAAAAAAACGGUAUAGUGGCUAACUGAUUUAUUAAAAGCAUAUGCCACAAUAAAUGUUUGUUAUCCUUUAAGGUGCCACAAGGCUUCUUUUUGCAGCAACAGAGUAAUACAGCUGCUGUGCUGGAAUUUGUCUUCUCUUCCAGCUUCUUUUCCAGAGCACAAGUAUGAGAUCAAAAGAGAGUUGGUGUGAGCGCCUAAAGGAUGGCAGCUUCAGUGGUAGUUAAGAGCAGUAUUCAAGAACAAAGAAUUUUGUGGCAAAAGACCCUGCUGGUAUAUGAGAGAUAUGCAUUUUAUGCUAACUGUAUUCUUCCAAGGUUAUUUCUGAGUUAAUUAUGUUUAAUAUGAGCAAAUAACUUUCUAAUGAUGGUUAGCUGUUGGUCUGAUCACAAAAGUAGCAAAGUGUGAAAAAUUAUGCUGAACAACCCUGCCUCAUAGACCUGUAAUACUAUGCAAAGUGGCUUCUCUGUAUUCUCUGCUUUGUUCUGUGUGAAUAAGAAUUUGUGGGGAAACUUUGAGAUUCAGGGUAUCUGUUGGUCAGUAGAUUGAUGUUAAGUGUUACUAUGGUCUACAUAGGGAGGUUGCUGAAAAUCAAUUCAGAUGCAGCAUUUUAUGUAUUUGAUGAGAUUCUUAUAUGUUUUGUACCCAUGUUAACUCAGCUACAUGAAGAAUUUCACAGACGUGAAAUUUCAAAUAAUAUGGAUAUAUGUACUGCCCCAUCAUAAGGAAGAGGGAUUGGGCAGCCUCCUUAUGGGAACUGCAGUAUUUUAAAUUGACUCCUUCUUUACUCAACUUGACCAGCUGUGGUUUAGAAGAAGAACCUACACCCACCAGUGUGAAAGGUGAAACUCUAACUACUGAAUCCUUUUCCCUGCUGUGCAGUAGUUGAAAGCAUUUGAACAAGAGUUAGUAGCCUUAUGAGCACAGACGUUCAUGACUGCAUAUAACCGUGGCUUUAUGAGAUCAAAAUGAGAGGACUUUACUUGUACUCUGUAUGGAUGCCUUGAAAUUGCCUGCUGGAUACCUGCCUGUUGUUUUGAGCUGUUGAGUAUAAUGUGUUAGAGCCACCUUAUCAUAUUCUAUGAAAAUAUAAAUCUUGUCUUGGUUGUGACUAUUUUUACCAGAAGAAACACUCAAAGAAACGUAUUUACACUUAACCAGUGAGUCUCGGUUUCAUUGCACAUUCCAUGCUGCUCACAGAGCAACUCUGAGAAUGAUUGAAACACAUUUUAAUUCUGUUCCCCAAAUUUGCAAAGAAGCCCUAUUGGGGAUGAAAAUAUAGAGAAUCCAGCUUCUUUUCAGCACUAGGAAUACACCAGUGCCUUGCUGAAGCUUGUUUAGCUUCCUCAAAAUGGAUGAGAGGGCCCUGCUUGAGUGGAGGAGUAAUAGGGCUGGCUUGUCUCCUGAUGUAUACAAGCCUUUUUAGCUGUCUCUGAAAAUGUUAUCACCCUCCACUGACAGAGGUGAAAGCCUGUCACAGACGGGGGAAAAUGGCUUAUGAUGUUCCUGGAUAGCUGUUUUAUUAGCUUCAUAACAUGGAAUAGGAUGAUUUAGCUGAGGGAAAAUUAGUACACCUGAGACUCUGUCAGUCUUGUAUUCGUUUAGAGUGAAAAGUAGUUUGAUCAGGUUGUGUAAAAACAUAUCUAGCCUUUUCCUUCUCCUCUCUCAAAAGAUUGGAGUUCUCCCUCAGGAAAAAAUAGUUGAAAGCUGCUCUAGGCUUCUUUAGCAAUUGCUUUUGAUAUUCACUACUUCAGAGCAAAGUGCAGCUGUAUCCCUGUGUCUUCCUCUUGAUAGAUCAAUUUUAAGUUGAGAUACUGCAAAAAAAAAAAAAUCUCCAACUUCUCUGUUGGCUCUGUCAAGAAUCUCUCUAGCUAACUCGUGCUGUUGGUGCAUGUGUGCCCAGUAUAAUUGUAUAGAUCGGGCAAGGCAUCAAGCUGUGUGAACAGACAACUUACACUACAGAUUUGAACCAUUUUAACUGUUACAGCUUUUCCAAUUGAAUAUUGGGAUUUGCUAUUUUGAGAUAGUGGGUUGGAUCGGAAAGUGCCCUUCUGCUUGUGGAAGGACAUCUUUGGAUGCAGCCCCAUGCUUUGGAUCCAACACAAUAUUGAAAAGUGCCUACCUUGUUCAAACGGAACUAGAGUUCCCAGUACUCUUUGCUUAGGAGCCGUGAGGCUCAGCAUUGGUGUGCAUUUGUAGUAUGUAUAUAAUCCUUGUAUCAACCACUGGGUCUGAGUUUUCUCUGCCUUUUGCUUGCCCAGUCUCCUUUUUUCCAUUUUUUUAUUUGUAAAAUGGAAAACAUUUACACUUUUUUAAAAGAAAAAAAUGUGUUCAGAAUUACAUACGAGCAAGUAUGUAAGCAAACAAGGGUCCAACAACCAUGAAAUGUUGCUAAUAUAUAUUUGUAUACCAGAGUCUGAUACUCUGUUAAUAUCCUUUUGAUUAUAAAAAUCACGCAUUUAGUCCAUAGUGCUUAGACAAGAUCAGUGGCAACUGUAAUACAAACCAUAAUAUAGUUGUAGUAGUAUGAGUUUCAGCCCUUCUUUUGUCAGAAACAAGGCCAUUACAAUUUUAGCCUUCUGUCUUACAGGUAUCAGGCAUAUAAACAACACAUCCGAGGCUUGCAAACAAGGCUAACCCCCUGCAGCUAUAUAUUUUAUCAGAGUACUUGGGAAUGAGAAGAUAAAAUGAGCAGAAAUAUGAAACAAUGCACAAGUUGCUUCCAAAUCUGUCCGUCUUCCUAGGUGUGUUAUUUCUAAGAAAGAAUUGCUGCUAUGAACCUAUCGAUGAAUGUAUAACAUUUUUGCUUGAUGGAUGUAAAAAGCUGUGUACAAAGGGUGCAACCUCUAAGGCAAUAAAUACGUUGAUGUAA